ACACGUCCCACCGACUUCCCCGCCCCAUCUGCUGAGGGCCGGCCCUCGGCCCUCAGCCUCCUUUUCCCCACACGCUGGGGGACUGGGGGCCAACAUGGAUCUUACCCUCGACAUCAGCUGAGCCUGGAAGAAGCAUUCUCUUACACCAUGGACAGAGGCAGCCACCGGAAUUCUUCUCCAGCAAGGACACCUCCCCAGGCUUCCCCAGCAAGGACAUCUCCAGCAAGGGCACCUCCUCAGGCCUCUCCAGCAAGGACACCUCCUCAGGCCUCUCCAACAAGGACACCUCCUCAGGCCUCUCCAGCAAGGGCACCUCCUCCUCAGGCUUCCCCAGCCCGGGCAUCUCCAGCCCGGGCAUCUCUAGCCAGGGCACCACCUUCCAGGUCAUCAUCGGGCAGAUCAUCAUCUGCCAGGUCAGCCUCCACGACAUCCUCCCCAACGAGAGUGUACCUUGUUAGAGCAACACCAGUGGGGGCUGUCCCCAUCCGGGCAUCUCCUGCCAGGUCAGCACCAGCCACCAGGGCCACCAGGGAGAGCCCAGGUCUCAGUUUCCCCAAGUUCUCCUGGCAGGAGACCCAGAGGCAGCUGCCACUCAUCGGGUGUGUCAUCCUUCUCAUCAGCCUGGUGAUCUCACUCAUCCUUCUCUAUGGGGGACGGGAGACCCAGAGUCCAAGAGGGACUGCAGUCUACUUCUGGAGAGGCCACACAGGGAUCAAGUACAAAGAGCCACUGGAGAGUUGCCCUAUCCACGCAGUUCGCUGUGAUGGAGUGGUGGACUGCAAAAUGAAGAGCGAUGAGCUGGGCUGUGUCAGGUUCGACUGGGACAAGUCCCUCCUGAAAGUCUACUCUGGGUCUUCUGGCGAGUGGCUUCCUGUCUGCAGCAGCAGCUGGAACGACACUGACUCCAAGAGGACCUGCCAGCAGCUGGGAUUUGACAGCGCUUACCGAACAACUGAGGUAGCCCACAGGGACAUCACCAGCAGCUUCUUACUCUCCGAAUACAACACCACCAUCCAGGAAAGCCUCUAUAGGUCGCAAUGUCCUUCCCGGCGGUAUGUCUCCCUCCAGUGUUCCCACUGUGGUUUGAGAGCUAUGACCGGGCGGAUCGUGGGAGGGGCUCUGACCUCGGAGAGCAAGUGGCCCUGGCAAGUUAGCCUGCACUUCGGCACCACCCACAUCUGUGGGGGCACACUCAUCGAUGCCCAGUGGGUGCUCACCGCUGCCCACUGUUUCUUUGUGACCCGGGAGAAGCUGCUGGAGGGGUGGAAGGUGUAUGCAGGCACCAGCAACUUGCACCAGCUGCCCGAGGCUGCCUCUAUCUCCCAGAUCAUCAUCAACGGCAACUACACAGAUGAACAGGAUGACUAUGACAUUGCCCUCAUCAGGCUGUCCAAGCCCCUGACCCUGUCAGCUCACAUCCACCCUGCCUGCCUCCCCAUGCAUGGUCAGACCUUCGGCCUCAAUGAGACCUGUUGGAUCACGGGCUUUGGCAAAACCAAGGAGACAGAUGAGAAGACAUCUCCCUUCCUCCGAGAGGUUCAGGUCAACCUCAUUGACUUCAAGAAGUGCAAUGACUACUUGGUCUAUGACAGCUACCUUACCCCAAGGAUGAUGUGUGCCGGGGAUCUACGAGGAGGGAGGGACUCCUGCCAGGGAGACAGUGGAGGACCUCUCGUCUGUGAGCAGAACAAUCGCUGGUACCUGGCAGGUGUCACCAGCUGGGGCACAGGCUGUGGCCAGAAAAACAAGCCUGGUGUGUACACCAAAGUGACAGAAGUACUUCCCUGGAUUUACAGAAAGAUGGAGAGUGAGGUACGAUUCCGGAAAUCUUAACCAUGUCCUCCUCACGUUGCUGACUGCUAUGAAGAUCCUGGGCACAGGGAUGGGCCAUUUGCAGCAUCUGGACCAGUGACCACCAGGCACCUUUGUUUCUUCCACCUCUGCUGUCUGCUGUCUCUGGGAGAGUGUGUAUGUGGUGUGUAUGUGUUUGCAUCGUGUGUGUGUGUGUGUGUGUGUGUGUGUGUGUGUGUGUGUGUGUGUGGUGUGGUAUGUUACUAUUAUAAAUUCUUCAGAAAACAGGAAAACUCAGCUCUUCUCAGAAUCCCAGGCUGGAGAUCUGGAGUUAAGAGUUUGGGCACCAGGUGUGUUCCUACGAGUCCAUAAGUGUGAAGGUGGAGCCAAAAAUGAGCCUGGGCAGGACUUGGAACAUGACAACAGCAGUUGUCGCUCUUCUGACUCUGACUUGAAGGCCAGCCAGGAUUGGUCAGACACCCAACAGCCAGUAACACCAUUGCUGUGCUGGGACAGCAGCAAGUUUUGUCAGGGGCUGUCUUGUCGGUGCCCGGACCAUCUGUCCUCCGUGGAAAACCUUUACCAUCUGUGAGCAAGCAUCCGGCCCUCUCUGUCACUUGCAGCUGCUGUGGGCUCCAGAGCUGGGCUCUGCUGUAGCUGCCCAUCUCUAGGUAAUGACUGUGACUCAGGCUUGCUGUGCCUUUGGUCACAAGCUGUUGGGAUGAAUUUUAUUUUUAUAUUUAAAAUAUAGAAAUAGAUGUAACUUUAAGGCGUCUCCAAAAAUCCUAGGGACCUUGGGAGGUUUUUUUUUUUUUUUUUUUUUUUUUUACAUGAAUUACUUCAUGAACUCCAAGGGACCCAUGGGAGUUGCAGCAUCCUAUAAUAUAUUAUACCACUGAAGCAUCCUGUGAUAUAUUACUGGCUUCAUGAAAUCAGGUGAAGUGCCUUGAUGAAAUCCUCAGGACAGACACCUCCAGGUCAGUGGAGAGACUAGGGACCUUUGAAAUACUCAGGGAAGAAAACCCUCCUUUGGGUUGACAGAAAAAUCCAGUGCAUACUGGUCUAGCCUCCAAGGACUAUAGCCAGCCAGAAGAAAUAAAGAUGUGUGUGCUGCCCUGGUUCGCCUCCUGGGACCUCUGAGGAAGUCCACACAUACAGCAUCGUUUACACCCAAGGGCUGACAAUGAAGUCUGCUUCUGUCAUCCUUCAUCUUUUGACUUUGUACUGACUUAAAAGGCCAUGAAGAGAAUGCAAGACCUGUCCUCAGAACUUCUAAACAGCCCUUGUGAGUGGCCUCAGUUGGCCAUUCUCCUGGUCUUCCCUGGGCCUUUUCUCUUGGUUACCUGUUGUUACUCAGCUCCACUCUCUUCAGCCUUCCUUGGGCCUACCAGACUUCUGUGAUACUGAGUCUCGGAGGCAAGUUCAAGGAGAUCAGACCAGCUCAGGACAGCUCAGGCAAGCUGGAGGUCACUGGAGUGGUUGGGCAGCAUCAGACAGGGCUGAGACACAAGGGAAUCUCUUCAAGGCUGGGAAGGAGGCGGGCAGCAUCCAUGUGUGCAGAAGAUCCCAGCAAUGAGCUUCCAUAAUAAAAUCGUGUGGCACAAA